GUGGACUACAAAUAGAACCUAAACUGUAGUAAAGAUGGUGAAACACGGAGGAUUGGUCGGGUGGUUUUAACGACUCGAUGUCUAAAUUUUAGUCAAAUACUCGUUGGCGUUGAGCUCAACAUGUGAAUAAGGUAUUGACGAGUUCGCGGCCGAGAGGAACAAGCACGUGUCGACUUGGAAAGUGGGACGAAAGUCGCCUUGAAACGAAGAUGCUUGCGGAGCAACCAUCGACCGGUAGUUAAUUAUACUUAAUGACAUGUGAGAAUGAAACGAGAAACUGUCAUUACCUGUGUAGAGCCAAACCGACGAGCGAAAACGAUGACAACGGUAUUGGACGGCAGCUACCAACGAAUGGAACCAUACGAAGGCGAGGAAGAAGACGGGGAGGAUGACGACGAACACGAAGAAACACCGCAGGAAAGCGGAGUUAUGAUUCACGUGGUACCCGAGGGGAACAAGGCUCGAUGGAACCACGUGGAGGAUCUAGAUUCGUUUUUUACAAGAAUGUAUCAUUAUCAUCAAAAACACGGUUUCGCUUGUAUGAUACUGCAGGAAGCGUUCGAACUAGGACAAUUCAUUUUCGUAGUCACCUUCUCGACUUUCCUUUUCCACUGCGUCGAUUACUCCGUGUUGUUCAAGAACAACACGACGAACAAUAGCCCCUCGCACAAAACGUCGAUAAGCGACGUGAUUUUAUCAACGAGCGAAUGCUUAGCGUCCAUGGGUCUGAUCACUUGGAUCUGUAUUUUAGUAGCGGCGAUCUUUUGGAUUUUACGAUUGGUAAAAGUUUUGUAUCACUGCACGCAGUUCUGGGACAUAAAAUUGUUCUUCAACACGGCGUUGAAGAUCGAGGACUGCGAUCUGGACAAUCUGACAUGGCACGAGGUGCAGAAGCGGGUCAGGGAAGUGCAGAAGGAGCAAGAAAUGUGUAUACACAAAAGAGAGCUUACGGAGUUAGACAUAUACCAUAGGAUAUUAAGGUUUAAGAAUUACAUGGUGGCUAUGAUAAACAAAUCUCUGUUGCCCGUUCGACUCAAAAUUCCUAUCGUAGGAGAAAUCAUAUUCAUGACCAGGGGACUGAAAUACAACAUGGAACUGCUUCUAUUUUGGGGUCCAUGGUCUCCGUUCGAAAACAAUUGGCACCUGAAGGAAGAUUAUAAGAAGCUGAACAAAAGACAGGAGCUGGCUAGGGCGCUGUCCAAGCACAUAUUAUGGGUUGGAAUAGCGAACUUUCUCCUCUGUCCACUGAUCCUACUAUGGCAAAUACUUUACUCGUUCUUCAACUACGGCGAAAUCAUCAAACGAGAGCCGGGAUCUCUGGGUACGAGAAUGUGGUCUCUGUACGGCCGACUGUACCUCCGCCACUUCAACGAGCUUGACCACGAGUUGAACGCACGUCUAAAUCGCGCCUACCAUCCGGCCUCCAAGUACAUGAACAUAUUCACGUCCCCGAUUAUGGCCGUGAUCGCGAAGAACGUAGCUUUCGUCGCCGGAAGUAUACUAGUAGUUUUAUUGAUACUGACCGUGUACGACGAGGACGUGAUAACGGUGGAACACGUGUUAACGACCAUAACGAUAUUAGGUGCGAUGGUGGCGGGCGCGAGGGCAUUCAUACCGGACGAAAAUUUAGUCUGGUGCCCGGAGACUCUGUUGACCGCUGUUCUGGCUCACACGCACUACAGACCGGAUAGCUGGCGAUGCCACGCUCACACCCAAACCACCAGAUCGGAGGUGGCACAACUAUUUCAAUAUCGCGCCGUGCACCUUUUCGAAGACUUAAUUUCCCCCCUGCUCACGCCGUACAUUCUCUGCUUCCGCAUGAGACAGCGAGCCCUCGACAUCGUCGACUUCUAUCGGAACUUUACGAUCGAGGUGACGGGUGUCGGAGACGUUUGCAGUUUCGCGCAAAUGGACGUACGGAAGCACGGAAACCCGAUGUGGCAAACGAUAGAUCCGAGCGUCCAAGAUCGAACCACGGGAUACGACAAUCGAUACGCGACCGGAGAGCCGGACAAGCUUCAGAUACCUGUGUCGGAUCAGUACACGCAAGCGGAGGACGGCAAGACCGAGUUGUCACUUGUACAUUUUACCCUGACGAAUCCCGAAUGGAAACCGCCGAGCCACGCAGAGAACUUCGUCACCGCGUUGAGAGAAAGGGUUAAAAAGAACAUGCACGAGGGUAUGCACGGAGAUGCCAACCCCUUUUUAGCGAGCUUGAACAGUCUGUCCAGUUUGGGACCGGGUUACAACGACAUAGUGUCGAAUAUAAUUAGAAGCACGAUGAUGAACCGUUCGACGGGCGCACCGUUCGCGAACCAGCCGGGUACCUCGAUGUCAAACCUCGAAGAUGAGUUUAACACGAGGUCGGACACCAUGCCGGUUCAACGCGGUCUGAGGAGGGCCGAGGGACAAGUGUACAAUAAAAAAGGAUUGCUGCACGGAUUGCAGCAAGAUAUGUUGAGUCCAUCUCUAGGUGCUUCUGCUUUCGUAUCGAACCACGAGUUGUCUACCGACCUGUGCGUACCGUUAGAGCUAAUUGCUGCCGAUAUGUCUCUGUCUACAUUGUACCUGCACGAACUUCAUCACAGACAAGUUCAGAGAAGGGGCUACCAAGAAAUGGUUAGGAGCAUUUGGCAACGCAAUCCUCCCGUACAAGAGCUCGCGUUGCUACCCGAGGUCAGGCAGGAGAGAGCCCCCCUGCUCUUGCACCAAGAUUCCUCUAGAAGGAACAGAGACUCGAAAUAUGACUUGAACAGUCAUUUAAAUAGCAUCUAAGAAUCAUUCGUGAAAUGACAAAACGUCAUUCUUUUUAACAAAAUAAAACUAUUUUCAUUCGCUUUACGAUGCGACGUGGUUUACUUUAUAGUCAGCGGAAUAAGAUAGUUAGAACGAUUAAGAAUCUGUGUUAUCAAUGUAAAUACAGUAACGAAAUAUUCCUCGAUUAGAUUCGUUUAGAAGCGAAACGAUCUCGAAUGCCUACUUCAUCCCUCGAGGCCUACGCAUCCAUCGCUUACGUCUUGUACAUAGAACCAACCAUCGAAAUUUAUAAAAGGACUUUCCGCGACUUCCCUACCCCCUUCUUUUAAGUAACUUUUGUUUUAGCUAACUUUUAUUAUACGCGAAGCUUUGCGUGUACAAAUGCGUAUGUGUGUGCGUGAGUAAGAACCAGCUCUAGUUUUCAACGCCACAAUUUUCUAGUCAUGACGAUCACACGCCAUAGCAUAAAAACUUAUUUAUUUCCUAAGCUAGACUGUCGCACAGUGCAGCUACAACGAUUAUCGCGCAGGUAUAAAUACGUUUCGUACGCUGCAGAUUAUCACGAAAUGUCAGAGUGUAUAAGUUAAAUGAAAAACGACUUGACUCGAGUUGACUCUUUGCGACGCGCAUUAUACGCAGAUUCUCAUCGACGUCAAACAGUUACAGUUCCCGUGUAAUUUGUAAAGGUCUUUUAAACGAAGCAACGCGUAACAAAAGCAAAUAGGAAUUACGAAGGAAACUAACGAUGAUGUUAAUUUAAGGGAUAUUAUUUGUAAUUUAUCACUAUGGAGAAUAAAGAAUUUGCGUAAUAAAUCAUUUUU